AUGGUUGGUCUCACGAGAGCUCUGGCUCUGCUCGCCUUUGGCGGUACAGUGCAGGCGUCGCCAUUCUCGUUAAACGGAACUAUUACCCAGCCUGUGACGUUGCCAACUACAAUACCACCGAGUACCACUGCGUCUGGAAACCUUACAUGCGGCACUAUUGAAGUCAGUGUUCUUCAAGCUGUUGCUGUUGCAGCGUAUUCGGGUCUUUCUAGGGAACCUGCUUUGCAAUGUCAAUGCAUUGGGUCUGUGAAUUCCUGGCUGGAUGCAACAGACGCUCCUACUCGGACACUUACUAGGACCAUUGGAACUGGGGUCACUACUUUCACGGAAACUCUUAGCAGUACUACGACGGUAGUAACAACAGUUUUGGAUUUAACUUCAGUCAUCACGAAUACGGGGAACUUUAUUGAGCCAGAUACCAACCUGUGGUAUGGAUCUGCGACAUCUCCAUGUUGUUACAGCUGCACAAUUCAAGCUUCUACGGUGGAAGUGUUCUACUGGACUGACGCCACCGAGACGCCUGCUGUCACAGCUUUUUCAUCUAAUGGAAUUUUAUACGAGUCUCCAUCCAUCUAUAUCGGCUUUUCUUCCCUAUCAGCAUUCGACUACUGCGGAUUGGUUGGAUCAGCUUAUGCGAAUACAACCAUCGCAUUCGACCCAACAGAAUUAUCAACUCUACUGUUCACUGGAGUAGUUGGCACCCAGGAUGUUGUGACUGCGGUAACGAUUAGAAACACUCCCGACGGGUCUGCUGUGCUUAACACAAAAGAUCUAGAGAGAAACUGUUCGACAAUAUCGGGCUAUUCAUAUAUUCCCGGAAACCCCUCUAAUGCUGGUUUUCAUAUUACUCCACCUGACCCUUGUCAUCCCACGAUUGUCAUUCCCGAUAGAGUCAGAAGUUUACAACCGGGCUGGGAUGCGUGUCUUAGUGAUGCCAUCGGAGGGUUCUAUGAUCCUCCUUCGGCGCUUAGCCCCGUCUCUGCGCUCAUACCGACGUCUUCAACGCCUUCUCAGGCGUCGACAACUCCUAGUCCACCUCGAAGUACGACUCCCGCCCUGCCUUCUUCUAUUCCCCCUCCCCCUCCUCCUCAGACAAGCUCGCCGCCGCCUCCUAAAUCAUCUCCCACGUCUCUGCCACCACCGCCUCCUCCACCAAAAUCAUCACCACCUCCUCCUCCUCCUGCCCAGUCUUCCUCGGUACCCCCUCCGCCACCACCCCCUCCUAAAUCAUCAUCUGCUCCUCCUCCCCCUAUUCAAUCAGCUUCGUCAGCUUCACCUGUUUCACCUCCACCGGUGACACCUCAUUCUUCAGCACCAGCUUCUUCUGUCCCCAACAACUCUCCAUCUUCACUUCCGGCAUCUGAUACCAAUUCUGAAGGGACCAACCCUCCCCCUGCAACUACAGCUGGUCGCGGCACCAAUGGCCCUCAGCCUUCCAGUUCUCCUGCUUCCAAUCCCUCUUCUCCGGGUAGCAGCAGCGAUACACCGCCGCCACCACCAACGGGGGGAGACAAUAACAACGCUGGUGGUGGAAGUACAGAAACUGGCGGUAGUUCAUUGAACAGCACCCCGUCCCAGACUCAAGAUCAAGAUGGGGGUGGCACCGGCUCACCGUCAGCUCUGCAGCAUGCUGGAAAGGGGAGUCAGCCUCCCUCAUCCGUCAUCGUUGUCGGUUCAGCUACGUUUAGCAAGAACUCUAAGUCUGAGUUCGUAUUUGGCUCUACGACUUUGAUCCCCGGCGGGCCUCCCGUUUCUUUGGGAGGAACUACACUGUCACUGCCCACUCCUGGGCCUUCGGCCACUGCAGCUGUGUCCGGAAGUUCUGGCGCAGAGAGCAGUGAGACUGGAAGUAAUACCACAGGAACCGGCUCAGGCGCUGCCGGCGAGACUGUAUCCAGUGAAACUGGUGUGCCUGGCUCUCAAGAAACCUCAGCUACCAAUGCGGGAAGCUCAGACGGAGAAGACUUUGGUUCAACCAACACAGCAUCAGCUGGCCUUCCGUCUACGUCGGUGACUACCAUCCCCAAGAGCGAAGCAGCCUCUGGAUUGUUUUCAGCUGCAAUGAGAAGCAUCAAAGCGGUUGGCGUUACUAUGCUUGUCGCACUCUACGUCCAACGAUGAGAUAACUUGCUUUUGUAGAAGAAGUCAGAUGAUGAUACAUAAUGAUGGAAAUGAGAUAAGAAUAAUAUGUAUGAUACACGUUGAAAACAUUGUUUUUCAUACAAGAACUAAAUCCUGUAUGUACUAAUAACUCGCAUCUUUUACAUAAGGCUCAUCGUUAUCAUUCG